AGAAAAGGAACUGAAAGUCUUCAAAAAGUCUUCCCAGUCUGUGUAGGUGAGCUUUUCAGAGAUGUCCCAUGUUUCUGACCAGCUAGUUUUGAAAAAAACUGGUAGGACAGGCUCUAGGACUACACGUCCCAUUAGGAAACUUUACGAAGUACAAAGGUAGAUGCAUCUGGUUUACCAGUAUUUCUGACUUCCUGCUGAACUGAAAACUGCUUGUUUUGUGGAAAAGCAAAAACUCUGCAGCAAAUACCGAAAAUGAAGAGGCCCCGAACUUUUGAGGAGCAAACGGAAUGCGUUGUGGACACUUUACUUACAGACUUCUUAGGCACCACAAUGCAGGUUGCUAACCGGGACCUACGUUGUGGAGACGAACCAGAUUCAGGAGAGUCUUGUUCUUUUGAUGUGGCCAUCAUUGCUGGCCGCCUUCGGAUGUUGGGUGACCAGUUCAAUGGAGAAUUGGAAGCUUCUGCCAAAGAUGUCAUUGCAGAAACCAUUCAGGGACAGGCAGGAGCUGUACUGCGGGACACAGUGAAAUCUCUCAGCCAGGCCUGGUGUGCUCAGGAUUCCAGCUUAGCUUACGAGAGAGCCUUUCUGGCAGUGUCAGUGAAGCUUCUUGAAUAUGUGGCCCGCAUGGCUCCCGAAAUGGCAAGACAGGUGGCUGUCCCCAUAACAAACAUGAUCAAUGGGAACAGUGCCAUCCGGGAGUUUGUCCAGGGCCAGGGAGGUUGGGAAAAUCUGGAGAGCUGAAAAAGAGGCGGCGCUGUUUCCCAGCCUGAACAUCACUGCCACUUUGUUCUGGUGACUGAUUGCUGGCCAUUGACACAGACAGCCAAAUCCAAAGCUACUUUCUUUUGGACACAACUGGACUUAGCUGAAUAAUUUCUUUUCCACUGAUGGCUAAAGUUGGGAGCAGCCCUCGGAGGUCUACAGAGAUUUUGUACCUUCUGUCUUUAUGAGAGUUUGAAGGAGGUUCCAUUUAAGCAAAGACCUCCAGAUACAAAGUAAUGGCUUGUUAGGAGUGGAAUUUCCAGGCAACAGAGCAAGCCUUCACUGGACGUAUUUUGGGAAAGGGAGCACACAGUAAACUAUUUGUUCGGAUUUAGCCCUGUCCUUUACUAAAGAUCUUGUCUACUCUACAGUCUAAAGGACUUCAAGGGAGAUCUUUGUUGGACUCUUGUUAUUUUAAGUUGAGGAUUUUCUUUUAAAUUCCUAUCCUAAAUUUUGUGUUAAUUUCGCCAAAGCAAAAUUAAUUGUAUGCAUUUUUAGGCUGAAAGCAAAAAAAAUGGCAGUUUCUUCAUCUGCCCUGCUACUAGAAAGGCCAACAAAAGAUAAAACAGUGCAUUUUUACUGCCACAGGAUGCAGGAAGUGCUGGCCCACAUCUAGGAGAGUGGGGCCAUCCCACCUUAGAUGAAACUAGCUGCAUACCACAGUGUUUUUCAAACCAAAAAGUGGUUUACAUACCACUUGUGGACCUUAUAUUUCCAGGCCCCAUCCCUAGAGAUUCUGAUUCUGUAGGGGGAGGCUGGGGCCUAGCAUCCUACCUUUUUAACCAGUUGCACAGGGGUUUCUUAUGUCCAUAUAGAACUUGAGAACCCUCACGUUAGAGCAGGGCUUGGCCAAAUCCUGUCUGCUGCUUUUUUUGUCGAUAGGUUUAUUGGCGUGCAGCUACACUCACCUGUUUCCAUCUUGUCCAUGCCUGUAUUAGCACUGCAAUGGCAGAGUUGAGGAGUUACAGCAGACACCUAAUGGCCUGUAAAAUAUAUUUACUAUCUGGCCUUUACAGAAAAGCAUGUAGACCCCUGCUUUAAAGCUAAAUGAAUGUUUCUCUCUGAAUAAUUUAAAUUCUGUUGCAAUCCUGAUCAUUCGUACCAAACACAACGGUAUGUAGGAUAACUCUAUUUUUUUUUAGAAUUUAAUCUGAGAGUGUUUGUUAGUUCCUGCAUAGUCCACACUUUCUCUGGGACUUUGGCAAAUCAAAAAGCUCUGGGACGCCUGGGUGGUCAGUCACUAGAGGGUAUCCAUUUCCCUGGCCCCUACCGUAAGUGACUGGAAGUAAAGCCUAUGGUAUCUACGGCAUGUGUAUCUUGUAAUAAUCCUUCAUACCUCAUAGAUUAGUAGGCACUCAUCAAGUAGAGACUCUUACAUUCAUAAGCCCCAAGGCUAAACUACUUACCUGCUUGUCAAGAAGAAAAGCAUUGCUGUAUCUAUUUUUGAAGAGAGGCAUUAAUGGUUUGGUUACAGUUUGGCUCAAGUGUAACCACAUCCCCUCCCUUCAGCCAGCCAGCUCUCUGUUUCCCCUAAAUGCAUAGAAAUAAAGAUGUAGCGCUGCUACUAUAUUUUCACUUUUUAAGUUAUGCUAUUUCCUCUAUUCAUGGAUAAAUCACAAUAGGUUAGUAAUCCCAAAUGAGAUUUCAUGUUUCUCUUAAGUAGGAAUUAGCUUUAUUUGCUACCAAGUUUGAACAAUGUAUUCCUUUGUCCCUUACAUUACUGUAAAUUCAACAUGGUGGAUUUUUUUUUUUUUAAGAUUUUAUUUAUUUAUUUGAGAGAGAAU